AUGCCAGAACAACGGGGUUCAGGGCUCAACUGGCUAGCAAUUGCAAAUAGAGGGUAGAACAUUGAUGCUAAAAAAAUCUUUUCAUUAGUUGUCAUUCUGGCACGACUAAAUCUAAGCAAUACAGGAAAAUUUUCUGCUUGUUCUAGAAAUUCAAAUACAUCUUUCCCAUUUUCCAAUUCACGGCCUAUCACAGGACCACCAUUUACUGCAGUUAAAACGUGACCUACUAUAAUAAACGAAUGCAUUCGUUAGUCGAAAAAUUCAAGCAAAUUGGAAGUAAAAGAAACACUGUCCAUUUUACCAUUAAUGCCAUCCUUUUGUCCAAACGAGACGACGAUCUUCUUGUUUUCGUAAUUCAACUUCAAAUCAAGAGGAAAAUUAAACGUCCUUUCAUUUUCAAUUCGUGGAACAUUGUGAUCGUGAUUAAAUAUCAAUCCACCCGAUUUCGAUACAAUAUAAACACCGUAAAUAACCAUGAUUGAAUUAUUUUAACUCACAGUGCAAUUAAUUGUCACUUUUUAAUUGUCUCAAGUUUCAUUUAUUUGCAAUUUCUAAAUAAUUGUUUAUUUACAAUUGUUAAAUAUCAACUACUUUUUAGGUUAUGUCUCAUCGAGAUUGCACAUGAAAAUCACCAUUCAAUGUUAAUAUAACGUGCAUCGUUCUUGGCUGUGUGCUGCUAUAAAUCUGUACAUGUCUAUCUUUAAAGGUACAUUCAGACUCAAAUUAUGAGCACAUAAAGGUCAGUAGAUAAUUGAAUAAAAAGCAGUAAUAAAUUAUCUCUUUUUUGCGUUAUCGUCUAAUUACUCCAUAAUUUGUUUCAUACAAAUUCAAAUUUUUUUAUAUAUUUUAGACAGCUUCGUCGCUGUCACUUUUUGUAUGCCCGUAACUUUACGGACGAUUAUCCACAGAUAGAUUGCAACUACGUAUAUUAUCUAUAGCAACUUGACAAUAGAAAACAAAUAUGUAUAUAUUAUGAUAUUUUUUCUUCUGCUGAAAUGGAAAAUAAAAGAUAUUAUCAACGUGUAUUCGCAAACAAUUGUUUAGAAAUCUGGACAAAAUUGAAGUU